AGGGUCACUGAGGGAGAGUCUGCAGAGCCUUCCCCGCUAGCGCCUUCGCUCUUGGGCACCUGGAGUUGUUCCGGUUGACUGCGAUUACUGAAGUCUCGGCAGCGAACCGAGAGUUUCGCUCAGCUCUGCCUGGAUACCUCUACCUCAUCUGUAGCUGUGAUCCUGAUGGUGCGGCAGGCUGUGGUUUCCUAAAGCUCUGGAGCGAAUUUAUGAAGAUUUUAUUCAUGUAUAUGACAUAGAAGAUGAAUUCUUCCUCCUCCACCAUGAAUGAAGAACCUGAUGCUCUAUCAGUAGUUAACCAGCUACGAGAUUUGGCAGCAGAUCCACUGAAUAGAAGAGCCAUUGUUCAAGAUCAGGGAUGUUUGCCUGGCCUUAUUUUAUUUAUGGACCACCCAAACCCCUCUGUUGUCCACUCAGCUUUGCUUGCUCUUCGAUACUUGGCGGAAUGUCGUGCCAACAGAGAAAAGAUGAAAGGAGAAUUGGGUAUGAUGUUAAGCUUGCAAAAUGUUAUACAGAAGACUACAACUCCAGGAGAAACAAAGCUUCUGGCCUCUGAAAUCUAUGACAUUCUUCAGUCCUCCAAUAUGGCAGAUGGUGAUAGUUUUAAUGAAGUGAAUUCACGUCGAAGGAAAGCGCAGUUUUUUCUGGGGACUACAAACAAACGUGCCAAAACAGUGGUUUUGCACAUAGAUGGUCUUGAUGAUACGUCUCGAAGAAAUCUAUGUGAAGAGGCUUUGUUAAAAAUUAAAGGCGUUAUUAGCUUCACUUUUCAAAUGGCUGUUCAAAGAUGUGUGGUACGAAUUCGUUCAGAUUUGAAAGCAGAGGCUUUGGCAUCAGCAAUAGCAUCAACCAAGGUUAUGAAAGCUCAGCAAGUUGUGAAAAGUGAAAGUGGGGAAGAGAUGCUGGUCCCAUUCCAAGAUACUCCUGUGGAAGUAGAAGAGAACACAGAAUUGCCUGACUACUUGCCUGAGGAUGAGAGUCCCACUAAAGAGCAGGACAAAGCAGUUUCCCGGGUGGGCUCACACCCAGAGGGUGGAGCUAGCUGGUUGAGCACAGCUGCAAACUUUUUAUCCAGAUCAUUUUAUUGGUGACUUCAACUUCAAUUUGGGGCUCAAGGACUGUGCAAACCAACAAGGGGCCAGUUUUCCAUUGUUGUGGUGAACUGUCAAGUGCAAUUUGCAAUAAGUUAUCAUGAAAAGUUUUUAGAUUACAUGAUUGUGUAUGCUGCAUUUUACAUUUUAUUGGACAUUUUACCCUACUGAGUGGUAAAAAGGACAGAGGCUACAGUUGAAAUUUGUUUAUGAAGGUAUUUUGGUUUUGCUUUUCUUUGUUUAAUUGCCUCACUUUUUUAAAAAAAAAAAAACAACAAAAUGGGUCCACUGUUAAAACCAAACGUGUAUGUAUGUGCAGCUUUACAUUUUAUUUUACAUGAAGCAUGUGAUUAGGAAAACUUGUUUUCUCCUCAAGCCUCAGGAUCUAUCAGAAGAGAAGUUUUUUCAUAGCUCAAGUUGUGCAUGAAUUACUGAACAUUUUUCUCUACUUUUCUUCAUGAAAGAUACAUGCUUUGGUACUCUUCACUGAAAGUUGAAAAUAUUUCUUCUUAUCCCCUUUUGUGCCUUUUUAUUUUGCCAACCAUGUUUUUAGAAACGAUAUUACUAAUGACAUUUUACAAAUUGAAAUAUUUUAAUUUGAAUAUAGUAGGUCCCUAAAAAUACAAUUCUACAAAAACUUUGCAAUUUUAUUUGUUAUAAUUUUAAUAAAAUUAACAUGGAAUCAGUUAAGAAGGAAACAUAUAUAGUAGCAAAGUGCUUUUGGAACUGUUUGAAUGUGACCAAAUGUGGUUCUAGUUGACUAGUGUUCACUUUGGCUUAUAUCAGCUCUUCAGAUAAAUCCACCAUGAGACUGCAAGAAACUGUAAAUGGUCUCUCAACCUUACUUUCUGAUUACACAUUAUCUCCUGCUAGGGGAAAAAAUAAUAAUAGUGAAGAACUGACAAACUUGAAAAAAGAAAACAAAAAUUGAAUGCCUAUAAUGCCGUAGUGCCACUUUGGUAGAGUCUUAACUUUAAAACAUGAAUUGCCUGGCAGAAACCUGUUCAGUAGGUAUUUCUUUGUAUUGCCUUUGUGAGUUUAUUAUGAAAAUGCUGCAGUCACAUUGAAUGAAAAAGACCCAAAUUAUUGUUUAUAAAAAAAUAAAGCCAGCAUUGGCACUUAAUCUUGUUUCUCAUGUCCAGCCAGAAAAAAACUUCAGUGAAGGUAAGAUAAGUAAAUAUAUAUACAUACAUAUGGUGGCUUUUUAAUUUGUUUUGUUUUGUUUUGGUAAGUAAUAGCUAAUUACAUGUAUGUGAUGCUUUAUUAAAGCUCUAAAAUAUUUGUCAACUAAGAUUUUCUUUUUGGAAAUCCAUCGAUAUUCAGAUAUGUUUAAAUGUUAACAUGAUUAAAAACUAAUACAAAGAAAUGGAAAUUCAUUUUCAUCACCAUGUAGAGCUGCUAUUUUACUACUUGGAGAAUGUGAAGCGACAAUUCGACCCUGGAGGAUUUCUUGGUGUUUUCAGCACUUGUCUUUUAGAGAAAAUUAAAAGCAUCCAGUAUUACUGGAGAAAAAUAAUUGUAAAGUGUCAUCGCCAGUGAGUUUUGAGUUCACUAGUAUUGUGACCUUAGGGAAGGAGAGAUAUUGAGGGUAUCAAGAACAAUAUUUUUUUCAUGUUUCUGGUGUCUGAUUAAAGUGAUACGCACAAACAGAAGAUAUAAGCUUUCAGGGCACAUUGCUUUAAAUGCAUACUACUACUUGCUGCCAGAACCAGAUGUGUUGAAAAAGGAAACAAAAAACCACCUCCUUUCUGUAGCCAUUAAAGCAAAGUUUACUUUCUGUUUUAACAAGUUUUUAUUUUAUUAUUCAUUGCCACACAUCUGCUUAUUUAAAAAACUACAACCCUUUGGUAUUAAUGGUUCAGUACAAGUAGAUAUUUCAGCUUAAUGUUUGUGUGUUCUAAUUAUAAGUGUUCUUUAAUUCCAGGUCUUAUAGAGCAGUUAAGGCAACUGUAAUGGCAUUUUUGAAGUAUAUUGUAAAAUAAUAAAAGGUAACAUAAUUAAAACUGUAUAUUGCCUUCC